AUUCGUUGUCAGUAAUCUUGGCCUUGGCGACGCUCAGUAUACUCAGAAUGUUGUGGAAAGUGCAAAUGACCUCAUCAAGGACUGGAUGAACUUCACAGCACAAGACAUGGACAAGCUAAUCAUGUCUCUGUACGAGUUAAUUGGAAGUUUUGACGAAGAGGAAGAACUUGCCUGGUUUGGGUUAUCUGAGAAGUGGGAAGUAAGAGCUGAGUACCAGCAUCUUCGCCCCAAGGGUUUCAGUAAUAUGACGCCAGAUCAAAGGCAAGGAGAAAUCACCAAGAUGAGAAAGAUCCGUCCAGAUGCUACUGCAUAUAACAAUUGCAAAUCCUUCAAAUUCAGUAGUCCUCAAGCACCAGAAUAG